AUGCACGCACACGCGCCACUAGCGGCGCUCGCUCUCCUUCCGCUCGCGCUCGGCGCGGCCUCGACACCCACCUCGGUGCUGACUUACGUCCCGGCCAACACGUAUAUCCCCGACGCAACAACAAUCAGAGGCGGCAACCAGGAGUCGGUGAUUACGGCGGCGUCGGGCACGCCAGACGCAAACGGUACAGCCUUGAUAUCCUUCUACACGCCGAAAGCGGGCGACCAGUGGAUCACGGGCGGCGACGUCAAGGACGGUAUGAACUGGGCGUCGUGGUGGCCUGCUGCUGGCGUCGAGACGGACCUGUGGCUCGGCGGGCUCAAGGAGCCCAUCUCGUUGGCCAAGAAUGUCGCGCCACGGACCGUCGGCGCAGGAUACCUCGGUCGCAACGUCACCUCUGGCAAAGGCUUCUACGUCUUCAUCACGGAAGCAGGCAACGUGGACAAGAUCCUCGGCCAGUCGGCCCAGUUCGACAUUCGGCGGUCAAGCGCCGCGUCGGGCUUGGUCGCCCCAGCACUCGGCGUCGCGUUGGGAGUAGCAGGACUGGCCCUCGCGCUCGUGUAA